AUGGGGGGCGAUGUCGACGAAGAAUAUUGUUAUAUGAAUAUAUCCCCGAGUGGAACGAAGAUUUGGUUGACGGCUUGCGACACAUCCAUAAAACCAUUUGUUGGGCAAUUGUUUGCAACAUUAGACGAAGGUGUUGAGUUCUAUAACAAUUACGCCUCUGUCGCAGGCUUUGAUGUGCGCCGCAGUUCAGACAAAAAGAACAAGUACAACAUUAUCUUAAGGAAGAAACUGGUUUGUUCACGUGAAGGUUUCAAAGCGGGGAAAAAAUCGGAUCCACCAGAAACGGUAAUUGGAAAAAAGACCAAACGUCGUAGGCCAUCUAACCGAGUCGGGUGCAUGGCAAAGAUUGUGUUCAAAAUAGACGGUGCGGGGAGGUAUUUAGUCACGACAUUCGAAGAGGGGCACGCGCACUGUUUGUGCGAUGAUAGCUAUAAACCGUUCUUGAAAGUAAAUAGGAAAUUGGAUGUUGGUCACCAACAGUUCAUAACAAAUUGCGCAAAGGUGAAUGUGGGCUCGAGCAAAAGCUUUAAAAUAUACGCAGAGGUUGUGGGUGGAACAGAAAACGUUGGAGCAACACAACAAGAUUUCAAAAAUUACCGACAGGAAGUUUUGGCAUACAUGCACGGAGGAGACUGCCAAAUGGUAAUAUCCAAAUACCUGGAUAUCAAGGCUGACUACCCUGACAUGUACUUCGAGUACGAAGCAAACCAUAACGACCAAUUGAUACGGAUUUUUUGGUCGGAUGGUGUGGCGCGGAAACAUUACAGUGCGUUUGGAGAUGUUGUGUCCUUCGAUGCGACGUACAAGACUAACCGGUACGGCAUCGUGUUUGUCCCAUUUAUCGGGAUCGACAACCAUAAGAAAUGCGUGACAUUUGGAGCAGCCCUGAUUGACCGGGAGGACGUGGACUCGUACAUUUGGGUAUUAAAGAACUUCAAAAACGCAAUGGGCAGCCCCCCCGCAAUCACUGUAAUUGAUCAAGAUCCGGCGAUGAAAGUUGCAAUUGCACAUGAAUUCCCUGAAACGCGUCAUCGGUACUGCAUGUGGCAUAUAAUGACAAAGGUGGGUGAUAAAGUGGGCACUGACUUAGCGAGGAACGAAGAGUUUAGACGGGAGCUAAAUACUGUAGUAUGGAACGACGCCUCAACUACUGCAAAUUUCGAGCAUGCAUGGAAAGCUGUAAUGGAAAAAUAUGCCAUAACUGAAAAUUCGUGGCUGAAACAUAUGUAUGAUGAGCGUGCAUCAUGGGUUCCUGCGUGUUUUGAAGGAGUUUUUAUGGGCGGAUUACUACGUACUACAUCCCGGUCCGAGGCUGAGAAUAGAAUUUUCAGAAGCAAUACUAACAAGCACCUUUGCCUUACAGAAUUCUUCAUCCGAUUUGAGAGUAAAGUGCGAAAGCAACGGAUCACGCACGCACAUCUUAGUGGUGCCAGCAACGCACAGACCCCCCCUUUCAAAACACCACUGGGAAUUGAACGACAUGCAUCCGAACUGUACACACUAACAGUUUUUUAUGAUGUCCAGGAGGAAAUUAUUGCAGGUUGUUUUGAAUGCCGGGUAAGAGCAGUGACAAUCGGUGACGGCAUCAAGACUUAUGAGGUGGAUGAUAAGCGCGGGACACAGUACGGUUUGACCGUUGAGAAUGUGACAAUGAUUACGCACUGCCCCUGCCGAAUGUAUACAAGGAUUGGUCUAUUGUGUCGACACACUUUUGCAGUGCUAAUAUACGAGAGGGUUGAUACCAUUCCGCCGCAACAGAUCACCCCGCGAUGGACACGCAACGCAAUAACAGAAUAUGAAGAUGAACUGAGGAAGUAUGGAUAUGGAGGGGCCACAACGGGUAAUGAAGCAGGAGAUGUAAUAAACACGUUCUACAGGUGUUUGGGGAUUGCCAAGGGGGACAGUUUAAAAUUGCAACAAAUGUGUUCUGUUCUAUCGGAUAUGGAGACAACUUGGUGCGGGCACGAAGAAGUCCAAGUGGAUGCAGCUAGUGGGAAACAAGCGAUCAUGGAGUCUUACUGUGGCGUACCCGCACCUGAGACGAUUACUGUGCACCAACCACCGGUGACAAGCAACAAAGGGUCGGGUAAACGGAUGAGGUCUGCUAAAGAGCUGGCAAUGAAGGAGCAAAACAGGAAGAAGCGCACGUGCAAAACUUGUGGCAUGGCAGAUGGGCAUAACAGUAGAAGCUGCCCGCAGAAGUAG